AUGCGAAUGAUUCCAAUCACAACACUUGUGAUCGUGACGCUCUAUGUAGGCUAUAAAUUAGGACGCUACAUCGAGUCUUCGAAAAAAGUUAGCAAAAAAGAUGAAUCAAAUGUGGGUGAAAAAGUCUUCGAAGAUACACCGGUAUCAAGGAUGUUGAAUGCCGACAAAUAUGACGACUUUAAACUGGUUCUAAUUGUGAGAAAUGAUCUCGGGAUGACGAAAGGGAAAGCUGCUGCCCAGUGCUCUCAUGCGACAUUGGCAUGCUACAAGCGGCUAUCCGCAACAAAUCCAAAGCUUCUACGUGCUUGGGAGUAUUCGGGCCAACCAAAGAUUACAUUGAGAGCAAAUAGUCAGGAUGAACUUCUCGAAUUAGAAAAAACAGCAUGCCGCUUGAAUCUAUGUGCGGAAAUAAUCCAAGAUGCUGGUCGCACACAGGUUUCUUCUGGAUCCAUGACAGUGUUAGGAAUUGGGCCAGGGCCGAGUGCACUGAUCGAUCAAGUAACGGGGCACUUGAAGCUGUAUUAA